UGUCUCUACUUCUUCUUUCUUGGAUACCACCAUUGCAACAAAGGAGCAGCUUUCCGUCAUGCACCCCGCCUUUGAAGCGACACCGCCAGCUGCGGAGCUUGCCGUAGAGCAGGGCGCUGCUCUGAAGAAGGAGGUCGAGCAACACACUGCUAAGUUCUCUAGAGCAGUGUCAAGCGCUGUUGAAAACACCCACCAGUUGCUCAAUCUGCUCCGUGAGGCGACUCCUAGCGCGAAGGAAGUGGACCACCUUUGGCAGGAGCUGGAGCAAAUUUUUGAGGCUACAAAAGAGGCUAGGACUGCUCUGCCGGAGUUCAUGGAGAAGCAGCGCGACAAUAUGAGCCUCUACCACUCUUCCAUGAUGAAUGAGACCAUCCGCGAGACUCAGCAGGAAGUAAACCUCCAGCACAAGAAGAUCAACACGCAGCAUAACCUCAUCCUCGAGCAGCAGGAUGCCUUCCAGAACUACAAGGCGCAGGUCGCCUCCAAGUUUAAGGAGCUUGAGAACCUGCAAGAGCGCGUUUCACGUCUUACGCUCGAGAAGGGUAACUUACGCACCGAGGUCCAUAGGUACAAGGAGCUAUUGGAGCAAGAGUAUGCCAGGAAGAUCGAAUAUCUAAAGACCACCGGCGCCUUGCAGAAGGAGCUAGAGACGCUCGUGGCUUCGAAGAAGCAGGCGCAAGCAGCGAACGAAAUUCUUCGCAACACGACCACCGACAUGCUCGAGCAGUUGAAGACUACCGAGCAGCGGGUCACAGAUCGCUUCACUAACGAGCUCAAGGCUAAGGCCGAGCAGCUGCAGAAGGAGACCGUCAAGACCAGGUCCCUGGACACCUUGGUCAAUACCCUGAAGGACACUGGAGGCACCAUCAAGAAGGAGCUCGAGAAGAUUAAGAACGAGAACCGUUUGUUGAACGUCAAGUACAGCAAUCAGACAUCUGAGUAUGCGACUGCUUUUACGAAAAUGAAUGAGCAGAACAAGAAGAUCGAAGUCCUCGCCACUGACAUCGAUCGCCUACAGAAGCAGAACGCUGACCUGCAAGCCAAGCUAGAGAAGGCUGCCGAGCUUGGAAAUACCAACAUAGAGCUCCAGAAGGCUAGCGAGGACUUGGUGAAGCGAUUGGACAGCAUUGCCGCAGAGCUGAAGAACUCCAAAGAUGACGCAAAGGCUGCACAGAAUGAAGCACAACUGCUCAAGACUAAGCUCGCUACCGAGGCCGCCAUCCCGACCGCCAGCAACGACAAGGCUUCCCAGGAGAAGUAUCAGGCGCUCGAGAAGAAGAACCGCAGCACGGAAGCCGCGCUGGCUGAGUGGACCGAGCUGGCGAAGCGUUCGUAUAAAGAGUACAAGGACAUGCUACCCACGUACAGGGAGGCCGAGAAGUAUAAGCAGGAUGCACAUGACAAGGAGAUGCAGAUCACCGACCUCAAGCACCAGCUUGCUGCUGCCAACAUUUCCCAGUCUAACGGUGUGGGCGCCGCUGGUGGAGACAGUGCAUACUGGAAGCAGAAGUACGAGAACCUCUUGACGGGCAUCUAGAGGCCUGACGAAGAGAGACUGGGUGAUCAGGAUGAAAGAUGCUCUAGCUUAUGAAGAGAGAAAAGCAGGCUCUCAGCUGAUAAAAGAAGGCUGGCAGCAUGGAAAGCGAGCUUGACACUCAAGUACAGGUGAGGAUCACUGUGUGUAAACAUGGUUCUUCUACUCUGUGAACGCACUCAAGGAUGUUUUCGAGGCCAAAUCAUACGUUGCAUCUCACUAGAGUCAUUCCUUCCCCGUUUGUGUCUCAUUUGAUACUUCUUACCAAUUCCCUUAAAUCCCCACCCUCAACCCAC